AGUGUGUGAGCCAUCAAUCACAGAUUCACAAAUACAGUGGUGGCUGGCUUCACUGAGAGGAGGCGAAUGACUAGUGCAGCAGCAGCUCUGGCACUCCGCUUCUCCUUCGCUUCCCCAAUCACAACCUCCACCACCAAACUCUCAUACCCAGGUUUGGGUUCACCUGGGCACAGAAAUGGUCUAAGGUUUGUGGGUUGUGCUUAUACUGCUAUUUCAAGAAAAGGGCAAGGUGCAUUUGACCCAGAGCUUCGGUUAGUUCUUGAGCUUGCCACGGACUCUGAGCUAUAUGAGCUUGAAAGGAUCCUUUUUGGCCCCAGCUACUUCAGCCCUUUGCUAAAGUCAAUAACAACCAGAGCUGAUGUGGACCAUGCCAUGAUUCAAGAAGAUCUCGAAGAGCGAGAAGAUUUUAUAGCAGCACUGGAGUCAAGGUUUUUAUUCCUUGCAGCUGAUGCCCGGUCUACAUUAAGGGGUUGGAGACCAUCAUACAGAAAUGUCUUGCUUUCAGUGAGAAAAAAGUUAGACAUUCGAUGCUCAAGCAAAUUGUCAACUGAAGACCUUGAAGUAGAAAUUUUUCUUCAUCUAUUGCAGGAUUAUUCAAGUGAAGAAUUGGGUACUUUUCCACGCAUAGGGGAACUCUCUAAGGCAUCUAAUGAUCAAGGCAGUCUAGAACUUGGACUUAGUCAAUGGAAGGUGGACACCCUUACUGCUGUGAAAGAGCUUCGGUCAAUGAUUUUGAAGGGUGGUGGUGUAUUUACUUUGGCAAAGAUUUACGAAUUGUUAGCGAGGAGAUUAUCUGGGAAGGUCUUCUUAGAAGCUGCCAACUAUCAGAUUAAAAAGGAAUUCAUUAAAAAGGGUGGACAUUUAGCUGCUAUUAAUCUCGAGUCUAGAGCAGCCUUUCUUGCAGCUAAACAGGGCUUUACUGGUGCUGCAUCAAGAUAUCUUGGUUUUAGAAGCAUGAUGACUUUGCUUGGCCCAAUGCUUUGGGGCACAUUUCUGGCAGAUGUUGUCAUUCAAAUGCUUGGGACUGAUUAUGCUAGAAUCUUGCGGGCAAUUUAUGCUUUUGCACAGAUCCGCAUCACCCGCACGUAUAGAUUACCAUCUGAUGCUGACUGAAGAAUUUGGUGUUUUGGAAGGUUGCCUUUUAACUGCUUCAGAUGGUAGAUUGAGAGCUCCUUUGACAUGAAGAUAUAUGCUGGUUUGGCCGACAAAUUCACAGCAUUAUAGCUUCUGACAAUGAAUGAAUAUGGAUUUACCGACACUUGGUAAAUUGGAUAUCUUUCUAGUACGUAUUGUGGUGCAACAAGAACUUCCAGCUCAUGUUCAUCCUCAUGAAGAUGAGAGUGAUAAUAGAUAAUAAAACUAGUUUGAAGUGUUGUAAUUCAAUCUAAUACUUCUUUGUACUUAUAUAGAGUAAUGCUUUCUUCAUAUUUAUUUAUCAUACAUAUUUCAUAUCGACUGACAUAACGUGCUUUAAGUGUUUUUUAUUUUUUAUUUUUUUUUAAGUGACAGACAUAAAAAACUACUUAAAACACGUUACAUUAGCCGAUAGGAAAUGAUGUGACAAAUGAGUGUGAAGAAUAGCACUAUUCUUGUACUUAUCAACGGUUACAAGAUAUGUGCAUGAAAUAUAUUCUAAAUACAA